ACUAUGUGACCUUGACACGUGUUCUUAUACAUCUAAGUGCUGGCAGAAGACAUUAGCAACAAUUGCAUAAGAUUUCUUUAAAUUUGUUGAAAUUGAAAAAUAGAAAAUGGUUAUUAGAGUUGAUGAAAUUAUGGAAAUAUUACAGACUGUAGCUAAAGAGCAAAAUAUGAAAGUAACUAUAAAAGAGGGACUUAAAGGAGCUGUUUUAGCUGGAACUGGAGCUUUUGGGGGAGCAAUGCUUGGAGGUCCGCCUGGCAUUAUUAUCGGUAGUGCUUUAGGAGGUGCAUUGGGAUACUUUAUGUCUAAAAGUUUUAAACCAGUUUAUGAAAUAAUCAACGAUCUACCAGCAAAUGAGAGGAAAAUAUUAUACAAUAGAACUAUGAAUAUCCUAACUAGUUUUGAAGUCAGAGAUGUUGCAGGUGUUAUUGCACUUGUUCAAGGAAAUCCAGAAUUACUCAAGCAGCUUGUACAAAUGCUUGAACAUUAUUUGACUCAAGAUAAAGAAUAUAAAAUAUGA